GCCUUGAACCGGGGGAUCGCUGCUGUCAAGGAAGAUGCAGUGGAGAUGCUGGCCAGCUACGGGCUGGCAUACUCCUUAAUGAAGUUCUUCACGGGGCCCAUGAGUGACUUCAAGAACGUGGGCCUGGUGUUUGUGAACAGCAAGCGGGACAGGACCAAAGCUGUUCUGUGCAUGGUGGUGGCCGGGGCCAUUGCCGCCGUCUUCCACACCCUCAUAGCAUAUAGUGACCUGGGCUACUACAUCAUCAAUAAAUUGCACCAUGUGGACGAAUCAGUGGGGAACAAAACAAGAAGGGCCUUCCUGUAUCUUGCUGCCUUCCCUUUUAUGGAUGCGAUGGCAUGGACCCAUGCUGGCAUUCUCUUAAAACACAAAUACAGUUUCCUGGUCGGAUGUGCCUCAAUCUCUGACGUCAUAGCUCAGGUGAGUGUGGUGUUUGUGUCAAAGCUGCUCCUUUCAGAUAACGGACAGAACUGGCCGAUGCCUCACUUACAUCCAUCCACCCUGCAGUGCAUCCCUACCUGA